UGAAAUUAUUUGAGUCGAUCGAAAUAUCAUCAUUGUUUUUUUAUGAUAAUUUGCUCUAUUUUGAAAACGGCAAAUAGAUUGCAGAAAAAUAGGAAUUUUUGUCUAAUUUUCAUCCAAUUUUAAUAAUUUCUCAACUUUUUUCAUGGUGAAAUAUCUCAAUCUAUUACUCGUUACUGAUUUGAUGCACACUAAUUUUUUAAACAGUAAAACGAAUUAUGACCAAACUUGAUAGUUUAUAUAUAAACACUCAAAUCCAAGAGCUUUGUAGUCAACCAAUCCCCACUCUUUCUCUUUGUGAUGGAUUCACCAAAAAGCAAUAGGAAGAAGAAGAAGAUACUAAUGUUCCCAUGGCUAGCCCAUGGCCACAUCUUCCCCUACCUCCAACUAGCCAAGAGAAUACUCUCCAUCAAAAAAGACCUCCACAUCCACCUCUGCACCACCGCCGUCAACAUCCCCUCCAUCACCUCCUUCCUCCACAAACACUCCCUCCAAACCUCCAUCUCCACCCUCCCCCUCCACCUCCCCCCCACCCCCUCCCUCCCCUCUCACCUCCACACCACCAAAAACCUCCCCUCCCACCUCCACCUCCCCCUCAUCCAAGCCCUCCAAACCUCCCAACCCUACUUCUCCCUCCUCCUCUCCUCCCUCCUCCCCGACCUCCUCAUCUUCGACGUCUUCCAGCCCUGGGCCGCCUCCUCCGCCGCCUCCUUAAACAUCCCCGCCGUUCACUUCUCCCCCCUCGGCGCCACCACCAUCUCCUACACCCGCCAAGCCUACAACUCCCCCUCCCUCCCCCCCUUACCCUCCCCCAACCCCCUCCUCCUCCGCCCCUCCGAGAAACAAACCCUAGACUCCCUCUUCCACCUCCUCCUCUCCGAGGUCUACCCCCCCGGCCCCAACUCCACCCUCAUCAACUUCCACCUCUCCUCCGACGUCGCCCUCCUCCGCACAAUCCCAUCCCUCGAACACAACUACUUAAACUACCUCUCCCACCUCCUCCCCACAAAAAAAAUCCUCCCUGUCGGAACCCUAGUCGACGACAACAACGACAUUGACAAUGGGAGUGACGAUGAAUCCGACAUAAUGAGAUGGUUGGGAGAGCAAGAGGAGCACUCCACCAUCUACAUUUCGUUCGGGAGCGAAUACUUUUUAUCAGACAAGGAAAUAUCUGAGCUGGCAAAGGGGCUCGAGAUCUCGGGAGCCGGCUUCGUGUGGGUGAUCAGGGGGAGGGAGGAGGUGGAGUUGCCGGAGGGGGUGAUGGGGAGGGGGAGGGUGGUGGUGGGGUGGGCGCCGCAGGAGAGGAUACUGAGGCAUCCGAGCGUGGGGGGGUUUGUGAGCCACUGCGGGUGGAGCUCGGUGAACGAGAGCGUUUAUCACGGGGUGCCGGUGGUGGGGAUGCCGGUGAAUGUGAAUAUGUUUGUGGAUGUGAAGAUGUUGGCGGAGGCGGGGGUGUGUGUGGAGGUGGAGAGGGAGGAGGAGGGAGGGUUUAAGGGGGAGGAGAUUGGGAAGGCGAUAAAUGCGGUGCUGAGAGGGGAGAGAGGAGAAGGGUUGAGGCGGAGAGCGAAGGAGGUGAGUGAGAAAAUGAAGAUGGAGGAUGAGGCAGCCAUUCAUCAAGUUGCGGAUCACCUUUGGCAACUCUGUUGCAAGAGAGACACAGACAUAUAAUUAAUUUAUGUGCUUUGUACUUUUGUAUAUUUUGAUAAUAAAAAUAAACAGUUAUAAUCGAAUAAAA